AAUCGGAGACCGAAAUGGAAAAUUCAUCAAACGGUGCGCAGUUUGAUGGAAAAGACAUUGCAUAUGAAGAAAAGCAAAACACAAUUCAAAAUCAGUCAACAAAAGUGUAUUCUAGCAAAUUUAAAGUGAUUCAAGAAAUCCUUCUUCACAUUCUUCAAGAAGAAUCAAAAUUAUCUUCUAAGUAUCUUUUUUGUGUGGAUUUACAGAACAAAGGAGGUGUUGCAGGAUUGCAGUGGAAAAGACACUAUCAAUCUAAACUCAAUGUUCUCAUUGCACAGAACAAAGCAAUAAGUGACAUCCAAAAGAACUGUGAUGACUCAGAUGUCAUUUGUUCUGAAUUCCAUCUUUCAUUUGAAAGGCAGCCAGGAGAUGUUCAGCUUGAGCAGAAAGACAAAGAGAUUCAUGCAUGUCAGUGCCCUACAAAUGUACUCUUACACUUGGAGGCCUUUGAUUUUGUAUUUCUUCAACCCGAAGGUCAUUUAGCAAACUACUUUGAUUCGGUGUUUAGUAAUCUCCGCAAUAAUGGUUUGUUGUGCUUGACUUCCUCGGACAUAUCAGUGCAGUUCACACGGACAGCUAAUGUGAUCAGGCGUUACUGCCAUGCACAAGUGACCAAAACAGACUACAUGAGGGAGAUGGCUGUACGGGUUAUAAUUGGGUGUGCCGUGAGAUCAGCUUCUAAAUGUAACAAAGGACUGGAGAUUCUGAUGACAGCCUGUGUGGAGGACAAUUUCCUUAUAGUAAUGAGAGUACAUCGGGGACCACAGCACGCUGACCACUGUCUCGAUCAAGUCAAACCUCAGCUGUACUGUCAGAUCUGUGAAGAGCAGUGUUUUUUACCAGGUGGUCUGACACCAAUAGAAAAUCCCUAUGCAUUGCUGGCUUGUACCUGUCACGAAAAAACUCCAGGGAGGACAGCUAUUGUACUAGGACCAAUGUGGUCAGGGAGUAUAUUCAACACCACCUUCAUAUCAAACUUAUUAAAGCCACAUGAAGAUCUUCCAGAACACAGUAGUCAGUUUAAGAAAGUUCUGCAGAGUAUUCAGGAGGAGGCCGUGUGUUCCCACUUGGAUGUUCCAGAGACAAAUGGAGACCAUUACCAGAGAGACCUAGGGGAACCAGAGGCAAAAAGACCAAAAAUUGAACAUUUUCAACACCCAACCACCACCCACCCUCCAUUUUAUAUCAACCUUCACAAAAUGAAAUUCAAAGAUGUUAUCAUCCCAAAAAUGCGAAAAGUUUUAAGUUUUCUGAGAUCUGAAGGUUAUCGAGCAAGCCGGACUCAUUUCGACUCAAACAGUGUGAGGACCAAUGCAAAUAGGACUCAGUUUCAUGAUGUAUUAUUAAAAUUUUGCAAAAAAAGCAGGAAAGAAUAAAAAUUUAACUUUAAUUUUUUUUUUAAUAUUUAUUGAUUAUUUUCACUGCUGAAUUACCUUAGAUUAAAGUAUGCAAUCUUCAA